CGUGCAUUGUAUUCUCGGACGCGGUGUUUGCUACAUCUGCCUUCUUCGCGUAACGUCCGGUCAUUUUUUUUUUAUUCCGUUUUCUCAACGGUUUUUUUUUCCCCCUCGACAAUUUUUUCGCGUUACGUCUCGCUCGACGUGUCCGCUGUGCCACGAUCAUUUACGACGACGCUCAUCGCACGCUGUUCGCAGUACACCCGUACGUCAACAACGCGUGCACCGUCCGAGGAAAAUAAACCUUAGGGUUCCUACUACGCGCGCCCGCCACACGUAAAGCGUCCGCACCGCUGUUGUGUACACACGCAUUUUCUCACAUUCAUUGUUGACGACCGACUUGAAGAUGGCUGGUGGCAAAGCAGGUAAAGAUUCCGGUAAAUCCAAGGCUAAAGCGGUGUCCAGGUCCGCCAGAGCAGGCUUACAGUUUCCAGUGGGCAGAAUUCAUCGUCACUUAAAGAAUCGUACAACAAGUCAUGGUCGUGUUGGAGCUACAGCUGCUGUUUACAGUGCUGCCAUUUUAGAAUACUUGACUGCUGAAGUACUUGAGUUGGCUGGUAAUGCAUCAAAGGAUUUAAAAGUGAAGCGUAUCACACCACGUCAUUUGCAACUUGCCAUUAGAGGAGAUGAAGAAUUAGAUACACUCAUCAGAGCAACAAUUGCUGGAGGAGGUGUUAUCCCGCAUAUACACAAGUCCCUCAUUGGCAAAAAGGGAUCUCAAAAACCACAGUAAAACUCCCCGCCGCACAAGACUUUGAUUAAGAUGUAAAACAUUUAUUUUUAAUUUGUAAGCUAUGUAAUAUGAUUUUCUUAAUUGAUUUGUCAUUUGUACUUUUGCCUUGAAAAUAAUUGAAUGAGUUUUAUACCUCGUAUAUUAUAACUGAUUGCAUUUGCUACUUUAGUAUGAGUGCUGGAGGUAUAAAACCUUAUGGCAUAUUGUGACAUAAGACUUUUUAUUAUUUGGUUAAGACAAAAUAAACUUUGACUUUUUUUUAAUA